UUUGCUGAAAACAGGUGGACACUUGUCUCAGAGACUACGCCUGCCGCACCGUACUUUAGUUGUGACUUACAUACUUACGUGCCAGUAGACAACACUACCUGCAGUUUUUACCAAAUUUCAACUGGUUUUAACGUCACGUGUUUGGUCUCGAGAGUUUACCCUGCAGGAAGUUGUCUACUGAUUGUUGAUAAGAAGAAAACUGUCACUUUUUCAAACGUGACCACGACAAGCAGCAACUGGUCAACCGCUGAACCAGUCUAUUACAACACCAGUUGUAGCGUGCAUGUUCCUUACAUCAACUUGAGACCUGGUCUACAGGAACUUCACAUGUACGUCUAUCCUAACGUGACCAACUCAACUGAAGAUAAGAAAUAUGGCCAGACGGUAGUACACAAUGUCACUUUAGAACCACCUUCUGUAGAGAUCAAAGUCACCAACUACACAGAUGUCAACGGACUUACAACAUUCAACUGUACGUGUUACAGAACAGACUCCAGUCAGAUUGAGACGACCAUACAGUGGUACAGGAAUAACACAAUGAUACAACACAACAACGGAACAAACGUUUCAACCAUCCAAGUAUCAGGACCAUAUGAUGAAUACUACUGUCAGGCUACCAACAGACUGGGAUGGACAAGUCAAAAUGUCAGCUGCAAACCAGUAGCAGAAGAACACAUUACAACAGCACAAAGUAUAAAAAACUGCAGUGCUAAUUCUUCUUGUUUGGUUGAGAAUGUUGGCGAAAUAUAUAAUAUAACAGCUUCAUCAAACAACACCGUUUCAUCAAACACUAGUAGACAUGGAACAAAAGAACCAUCUGGAUAUAUUACGGUGUUAAUCGUAUUUUCAGCUGUACUGGUGAUUGCGGUGGUAUUAGCUGCGAUAUUCUGGAAAACAAUUUAUCCACGUAUAUACCACACAACAAAGAUACAUAAGAAUGAGUAUGAGCUAAGAGGUAACGACACAGACGGCUUUGAUACCACCUGGUGUUUGGGUGAAGAGGACACAGAAUCUCAUUAUGAAGAGUUGGACAAGUUCAGAUCGUGAUAUACACUAUUACUGUCUGGUAAAGAACGAGGCUGUUCCUGUUCCACGAGGCAGUUCAUGAUAUACGAAACAUAUAUUAAUAUAUGAGACAGUAUUUAAUAUUGGAAACACAUCUUUAUGUACAGUUAUGUUUUUUAUGCAGUUAUGUUUUUUAUACAGGAAAUAUGAACUGAUCUAUAUUACAGAUUUCUGAAGAAGCAGCAGUCUAAAGAUUAAUAUUUAAAACUAGGCAUCACAGUACA